AUGUCGCUUUUUCAAACACCUUCGUCUAGGACAGCGACACCUCCUGCCGAUGAAGAUGGAGGUGAUGGCAGCCAAUCACAAGAAAACCUCCGGCGUUCCACUCAGGACGACGACAGCAAAAUUUCGGAGAGGGAAACAGAUGGAGAAGCACUCAUCAUCUCAGACGUGGAGCAAAAUCAGAUUUUCCAGUCAGCCUACCAGGAAACAAGAAACUGCAAAUCAACCAAGAUCUAUGCUAAUGGAUACUUGGCAAAAUACCCAACUAGAAGGAAACUACUGUCUGAGGAUUACCAGUACCAAGUGCGUCAGGAAUCGGCACUAGUCGAAGCAUUUUUAAAGCUACAAGAGAGAUUAGAAUCUCAAGAGGCUGAAAGGGAAGCCGAAAGGGAAGAACAUAGGCGUCAGAUGGAAGAAAUGAUGAAGGCAAGGGAGGCCGAUAGAGAAGCUCUUAGGCAAGAGUUUAUGGCAAUGAUGCAAGCAACACAUAUACAAGCAUCAAUACAACAGGCUAACAAAGAUGGGGGAAAAAAUGCAGAGGUUGCUGCUACAACAAACAUGGAUGAAGAAAAUGUAAAUACAGAAAGUGAAGAAAUGUCACAUCAGCAGGAGCAAGAUAGAGUUUGA